CUUCACAAUUCUUCCUCAGUUAAACACAAAAUGGCUGGCCCAAGAUUAGAAGUCGUAAAGUUUGGUGUAUAUGUGUUUUUUCCUGUAGGUGUCAUGUUGUAUUUUGGAGGACCUGGCUUCUAUGACCAGUAUGUUCGAGGAAUCAACUUUUGGCCCGAUUUCCAAAAGACACACCAACCUCCAAAGACCUCAGAGGAUGUCCGCGCAGCUUUAGAGAAGAUGAAGAGCGAGCGUGAGGACCGAUGGAUGAAAAAGGCCAUGCAGGCUCGCCAGGAAAAACAGCAAGAAGCAGCUCAGAGCGCAGGCUCCAAAGCAGAUGAAGCAUAAGCUUCCGUGUAAUCUGUAACAUGUAAAUAAUAGUAAAUUUUUUUAUUUAUUUCGGUAAAAUGUAUGCGGUAAAUGAUAUGCGUAUGCGUGCAUUGAAGCAAGAAAAAGUCAAUAGAAAGAAUUAUAAAGAAAAAAGAACGUAUUUCUUCAAUGGUAUUUCACAAGUGAUAUCUUUGCACAGGCGGUAUAAUCGCCAAAUGAAAAGAUGAAAUGCAGUA